CAUAUACAUAAAACGCGAAAUUUUGUUAGGUAGUCAGGCUAUUUAGAAUUUUUAAAUAAAUAGAAAUUGAAUCCAUUGUCACACCGUCAUGUUUAAUGUUACAGAAAAAAACACCACUCUUAUUGUGAGACUCUAGAUUCUAGUUAAAAGUUAAUAACUUUUAGGUUUUUGAAGUAGUCAGAUAAAUUUGGAAUUAUCGUUUAAGUGGUAAGGAAAUUGUUCUGUAUUUUUCAAAACAUCAGGAAAUGUAUGACAGGUAGUUUUCAUAAUUAAUGACAGGUGGGUGUGUGCAUAAUACAGUUGAUUCCCAGUAUUUACUAUAUAAAAAUAAUCAGAACAUGUGCGCAGAUGAAUUAAUGUAAAGCUUAGCACAUCGGGGAAAAUCCCCCCCGCACCAAAAAUAAAAACACAAACAAAAAAAGUGACUAUAUUAGUGGUAUAACUUCAGUGAGCGGUUUAUUUGUGUUUCGUACGAACGACAACAGGUCAUUUCUCGGCAAAACUUUUAUUCUGAAACAUUUCCAGCAGGGCGCCUAAGGGAUUAGGAUUUCAACGUUACCGCUGUCAAUGAUCUUUUCUCAUUUUAGUUCCCGUUUACGUCUUGGUCUUUUGGGGUUUGGUUAGUCUGGUAUUUGGGUACUUGCUCAUAUCGAUUGAAGUGACAUGUCUACCAAAUAUACAAGAUAGAAACGCACUCUGUUAGAAUAACUGUCAGGUCAGACCGCACUCUCGGGGUGUUUCAGCGAGUCUCCGAUACCGACAUGAAGCUCUUCAGCCUCAGCAUCCUUUAUAAAGACACGGGCAAGGCUGUCCUUCUUAAAGCAGCCUAUGACUUGUCCUCCUUCGGUUUUUUCCAGAAAUCCAGUGUGCAGGAGUUCAUGACAUUCACCAGCGCCCUGGUGGUAGAGCGCAGCUCACACGGGAGUCGGGCUUCUGUCACGGAGCAAGAAUACCUGUGUCACGUGUACGUGCGGAACGACUGCCUCAGCGGAGUCGUCAUCGCAGACAGCGAGUAUCCUCAGCGUGUGAGCUUCACCCUGCUCGAUAAGGUGCUGGAUGAGUUCACCACGCAGGUAGACAGCUUAGACUGGCCAACCGGAUCCCCAGACACAAUUCGAUAUGCAGCUCUGGACAGUUAUCUUGCAAAAUACCAAAAUCCCCGGGAGGCUGAUGCGUUAACUAAAGUGCAAGCUGAGUUGGAUGAAACCAAAGUAAUUCUGAACAAGACGAUGGACUCACUGCUGGAGAGAGGAGAGAAGCUGGAUGAUCUGGUGGCCAAAUCAGAGCAUUUGGGAUCCCAGUCGAAAGCCUUCUAUAAGACGGCCAAGAAGCACAACUCAUGCUGUAAAAUGAUGUGAUGCUGCAUUUGGGCUCCUCCUUUAUCCACGGAAGGGCUGCAGACGAGAGCUGUGACUGAGAUCGAAUAUUGUCAGGCGUUUGCUGAUGCCCUUCCAAUGGCGCCUGGCAAGUGAUGGGUGGCGGGGUGGGGGGGUUUCAGCUAAUAUUUUAAUUAGUAAAACAAUUCAGAAUGAUUCUCUUCUGGAUUCUUUCAUAUUUGUGUUUUUUUUUUUUUAGUUUUGCACAAUUUCUGAAAUAUAAGAAUAUCGUCUGUUUCUCCUUUAGUGGACUUUUAUGGGUGUUGUGGUGUUAAUUAAAAUUUUGCUGUUUAGCUGCUGUUCAACCUGAAGCCUUAAAUGUUCCUCUUAUUCCACUGUAAGAAGCUAACCAUGUGUUAGCCUGAGUACUUCUAAACUGUUGUUAAUUGCUGUACCUGCAGAUGGCGCCAUAGCCCCAUCUGACGCCUGUGUUUUCUGCAGUAUCUCUGCAUUCUGGUGUCAUUCAGUGGUCAUUUGUACAUGUGCUCUGACGUUUGCACUGGCAUUCCAGUGUAAAGCACAGAUGUCAGGAUUAAGGGGUGUGUUUUCCACUGUAAUCCAGCAUUUCUCAAUUUUCAGCAGGGUACAGCUUCCGUAAUCAUUCUUCUGACUGCAGUAAAAGCAGUCAUUUGAAAUGCACUAAAAAUAAAAUAAUUGUUUGCUUUGGCAGGGUGGUUUAUUAUCAUCAGCAGGUUUCUUAAUGCAGAGUGUAUUCUUGGGGUCAUACUGCUUUGAAACAUUCCGAAUGCAGAGUAUUCACCUGCUGAAUCAAUAUUUAUUUAUUAAAAGUAAUUGCUCUCUAUAAACCAUUAUUUCCUAACCCAGUCCUUGGUGACCCCUAAACAGUCCAUAUUUUUGCUCUCUCUCAGCUCUCACCACACCUAUAGCAGGUAGUCUGUGUUCCUGAUUGGCUGGGAGCUAGGAGGGAGCAAAAUUGUGGACUGUCUGGGAGUCCCUUGGGACUGGAUUGGGUAACACUGCUAUUGAAUACAUAGUCGUCCAUCUGGGGGAAUCUAGGUAGCACAUCCCUCUGCGGAUAUCUUGUCUGGGAUUUCCCUUGGAUCCUGCUUUAGUUACUACCAAAGGUCUUUGCUCUGUUUGUGGGGCCUGUCUUUCCUAUGAUGCUGCUUCCUUCCUCUGCAGUGGUUUUCAUGAGCCCUGGUUCUUUACUGUUACAUGGGAGAUGGUGCAGUGAUACUGAAAUAACUUUGUAUUUAGUAAUGCGCUGAUAUUUUUUCAGUAUUCCAGUUAUGUAACUACUGUCAGAAAAAAAGGGUACAGGCCCUAGUACAGUUUUGUUCUCCAAGGUACAAACAACAUUAACGUACCCUCAGUGGCACAAAAAAUGUUCCUCUGAGUCUAUUUCUGUACCUCAAAUUAGACUAAAAGGUAGUACAUUUACCUACAGUUAGGGUACAAUUGGCAGAUCCUUGAGGGUACAGCCCCAGUGACAAUUAACUGUACCCCCAAAUUGGUACUUUUAUUAUUAUUAUUUCUAUUUAUUUAUUUAUUUAUUUAUUUUCUGACAGUGAAUGGUGAUUCAAAUGCUUGUAUUACUCCAAGCUUCUUGUCUACAAUUUUUGUAGAGAACAGGACAGGGGUCUCCAACUCCGGUCCUGGAGAGCUACUAUCCAGUAGGUUUUCUAUCCUACCUGAUUUCUGGAGAGCCACAGAUGUUCGCAGAUAAAUACCAGGAACAGGUGUGGCUCAUCAGAAGCCAGGUCGCAUACUGGUGAACAGUGAACCUACUGGAUAGUAGCUCUCCAGGACCAGAGUUGGAGACUCCUGGGCCAGAAUGACUUUGAUUAAGAGGACCUAUAAACCAUUGGCAUCUAUGCAGGUUAUUACAUACUGUAAUUAGCUCAUGUAUGUGAAUUACAUGGGUUGCAACAAUGUCAUGUCCAGGUGUGAAUCCUUAGAGUCUUAUGAAUGCAAACUGUAAUGUUGAAAUUGUCUUUACCUGGAAACCUUCGUACACCUUUUGCUCAACAACCUGCUACAGGAACUUACGGUAUUGAUUUCAGCUAGAUACUGUUAAGUUGUGUAAAUCACUACUAAACAGUAUUGUAGCUAAUAUUUUAAGGUAUAUUUAAAACACCUUGACGUACAGAUGUCUAUAGAAUUGGUAUUCUGUUAAAUGAUGUAUAUAGGGAAGUUAAAAUACAUUUUAAAAUGUUUUUUUGUGAUUUAUCUGUGUGUCGUCAAUGCACUUUUGAUCUUGAUCUGUAAUAUUGUGGUCUAUCUAUUAUUUGUCUUUUGCUUUUGUUCCCAGCAGACCAAACAUUAAAUAUAUUGUUGUUUUUCAUUUUUUGGCCUUGAUGGAGCGCAGUUGUGUGCUUUGGUUUAAUACCUUUCCACGUGCCUUUGGAGUUUGUCUCUUAGCUGCCUUUUUGCUGAAACCUGGAACUCUUAAGAAUAGCUUUAUAAAUACUGUGAACGUUUCACUUUGCAACAUUUCAUGAAUUUAAUAUCUACCAAUUGAGACUACUGUGGUAAUAAAAACGCAGUACACACCUUUUCAUCAAUCCUUUAGCCUUGUAAUUCGUAAUCUGAAUAAAAUGUCACACUGUAGACUGAGGUGAUAUUGAUGUACUGAGAUUUUUUGGUUCUGUGUAACAGUGAAUAGUUUGUUGGAGUUGAUUGAAUGCUCCCUUAAGUGGUCUUUGAGUUUCCAAUAAAAUCUGGUUUGAAUAGUAAA